CAUUCAGAACCAAUGUCGGCCCUCGAUCCCGGCAUGCCCUCCCAUCCUCUCCCUGCAGACGAUGAGGACUCCGACUAUGAAUACGAAUAUCAUGACACCGAAACAGAGACCUUUUAUCUCAAUAUCGACCUCACCACCCAUCAUGGUCCUAUCCGUCCCGCACGCCGUCGCCAUGACCCCUCCUCUUCCACUGCAACAGCAACCACCGGGCCCCCCUCUGCUCCUUCCGCGCAUACUGAUGACCAAGAUCCCGCCAUAGCCAGCUCUGAGUCCGACAACGUGUCUGCAGAAAGGGUGCAAAUCCUCGGCCUCCACACCGCCAACCCGAUCAUUUCCUACCAGAAUCAGAUCUUUAGCGGAUCAUGGGCGGAUCAGAUUGGCACCGAACUUUUCUUCUCUCGUCCUGGCCAGGAUGCAUCAUUUGACCCGGAUGCAGCUGCACCCACGGAGGUUACCCCGUUGAAGCAUACCAAGGACUUUGACCUUAUCGCUGCCAACAGUGUCAAGAUUCUCAGUCGAAAGGCCACCCUCAUCUCUAGCUCUAGUUCUGGGGGUCAGGUCCAAAAUCACCCGGAUCCGCUGCAGCAACCGCUGGAAACCUCCUCCGCACCAGAAACUCCCGGAGUCUACAAACCAGAUCACCAGUCAAACCAGGCUCGAUUCCUAGGGCGUCUGAUGGAACUGAAGAAACGCAGGGGCGAGACCGAUACCGUGCGCACUGUUUUUAGCUCAAAACGAGGCUCAAAUCUAGAGGAGCGACUCCGCGGCUGGGCUCAAACAGACGAGCAGCUAGCUGCAAUCCAGCAGCUUAAUGAUCGCGCUCUCCAGGGAGAUUCCGAAGCGAUCAUGGAACUAGAGAAUCUCUACACUCAACUUGGGAAUCAGGGUCUUGGUCCCUCCGAGAACUCGUCGCGCCCCGGCUGA